AUGGAGAUGUUCAGGUGGAUGGUCGAUACCCCAGAAAAAUUUAAGUGCUUUAGGAGAGAGUUCUCCAUCCCAGCCGAUGUCCAUUUAAGUUCUUCUAUAGCCGGCGAAGGGAUUUCGACAACCAUUCGUUCCCAGCUGAGAUUUAAAGAGGCUGUUAGAUCUCCAUGUGCAGAAGCGCAAGACGCCUCUUCUAGUGAACUACAUACCAACCUACAAGCCAUCCAGCAUGCUCACUCUUACGCUGUCAAGACCGAGAUGACAAGGAAGGAGUUGGUAAAGAAGACAAAAGAAGCUGCCAAGCUCCUCUCCUCACUUAAUCAGGCCGAGGCCAAGAAUCGAGCCUUGCUGGAUCAAGCCAAGGCUUCCAAAGCUGCUCAAGAUUUGGCCGAAGAAAAAGCAAAAAAGGCCGAUGCUGAAGCUGAGGCUGCUAGAGCCGAUCUAGAGGCUGUCAAGGCCAAGAUAGCCAAUCUAGAGGCCAAGAUGCAAGCGGCCCUUGACUCAAAGGAGCCCGAGGUCAAGGCGACCGAUGAGAAAGCUUUUGAAGAAGGGCAAGCCGCUGUCCGAGACCAGUACAAAGGUCAACUUCAAGCGCCUUUCCCUCCAGAGCCCAAGGACUCUGGUGAUGAAGUCGAUGAAGAUGAUACCGAGGAUGAUGAAGCUGACGAAGUGGAGGAGGAGGCCGCCACUGAUGCCAAGUUUCCCACCCUCAAUGAGCAAAUAGACUUGACUCAAGAUGAGGAGGAUGACUUGGUUUCCAAGGGCGUCUCUCCCAAACCAACUACCUCUGAGGCUGAGGUCCAGUGCGCCAAAAGGAGUCUGGAUCAGACUUUGCUAGAAAUAGACAUCGAGAUAGCGGUCGAAAAGAAUGCAACACCGCCAGCCGAGGUUGAGAAAUCACAAACCAAUCCUAGUACUUAG